CCCUUCCCACCUUAGGCCUUCCUGGAAUGGGGAGGCCCUACUCAGAAUUUUCCCUGCCCCACUUGGCCGACUGCAUUUGUUCUGGAGUAGACAAACCACCCUGGACACAGUACACAGAGCCCAGAGUUUGGGCUCCAAGGGAAACAAAAGGAACUGCCUGGAUUCCCAUGGCUAUGGCCAGCACCUUCAUACCAGGGCUGAACCCCCAGAACCCUCAUUAUAUCCCAGGGUACACCGGACACUGCCCACUACUUCGGUUCAGCAUGGGCCAGACCUAUGGGCAGAUGACUGGUCAGCUACUUCGAGGAGUUCCUGGCCUGGCCUGGCCCCCUGCCCAUCGCACACUUCUGCCUCCCAUCCGGCCUCCACCAUCUCCUGAGGUUCCCAGAGGAAGACCAUCUGUCAGGCGUGGACAUGAAAGGCUCAGUUCCAGCAUGAUCCCAGGGUACACAGGUUUUGUACCCCAGGCACAGUUCCUCUUUGCCAAGAACUGUAGCCAGGUCUGGACUGAGGCUCUGAAUGAUUUCACUCAGUGGUCUGGGGGACAAAGGAGUCAAGAACUGCCGAAGGAAGCCAAGGGAGAAAAAGACGUGGGGAAAGACCAAGAACCAAAGCCAGAGUCAGAGCUGGAGGCAGAGAAGGAGCUGGAGCCGGGGCAAGAGGCAGAACAAGCUUCCCCCUAUUCCAUGGAUGACAAAGAUCCUCGCAAGUUCUUCAUGCCAGGCUUCACUGGUUAUGUGCCCCGGGCCCGCUUCCUCUUCGGCUCCAGCUUUCCUGUGCUCACCAACCGGGCACUGCAGGAAUUUGGACAGAUGUAUUCAAGGGGCAGAUCCCAGAAGGAUCCCAAACAUCUCCCCCCACUUUCUAGGACCUACCCUCAGAACCUGGGCCUGUUACCUAACUAUGGAGGCUAUGUGCCAGGGUAUAAGUUCCAGUUCGGUCGCACGUAUGGGCAUCUCACCCAUGAUGCACUGGGCCUCAGCACCCUCCAGAAGCAGCUCCUGGUAUAGGUACCUGGACUUCAGGUUCUGUCUUCCCUUUCUUCCUAUCCCAGCCAUCCUUUUGCAAGGAAGAGAGGUGGGCCGCAGGGUGGGGGGAGGCACAAAGAAAAAU